CGCCUUUCCUUUCCUCGCCUCUCCCCUCCCCUCCCCCCUCCCGUCCCCACCCCCUCGGCCACUCCGCUCCCUGGCGUGACUCGGCACUGAGAGUCCCGGAGAAGACGCAGCGGUCGUCACCUCCUGUGUUCAGGCCUCGGCCUCUCUGAGCCUCUCCCCUUCCUCUCCCGGGUCUUCUCCUUCAGUUUUGAAGCCGGUGGCGUCGCGGCCGCCCUGACGGGCUAAGAAUGGUGGGAGUGAAGCCGGUCGGGAGCGACCCAGAUUUCCAGCCGGAGCUGAGCGGCGCGGGCUCCAGACUGGCCGUGGUCAAGUUCACCAUGCGAGGGUGUGGACCAUGUUUAAGGAUUGCCCCGGCAUUCAGUUCUAUGAGUAAUAAGUAUCCACAGGCAGUUUUCUUGGAAGUUGAUGUACAUCAGUGUCAGGGAACAGCUGCCACCAACAAUAUAUCAGCAACACCUACAUUUCUGUUUUUUCGAAACAAAGUGAGAAUUGAUCAGUAUCAAGGAGCAGAUGCUGUUGGAUUAGAAGAAAAAAUCAAGCAGCACUUAGAAAAUGACCCUGGAAGCAAUGAGGACACAGAUAUUCCAAAAGGCUAUAUGGAUUUAAUGCCUUUUAUUAACAAAGCUGGCUGUGAAUGUCUUAAUGAAAGUGAUGAGCAUGGAUUUGACAACUGUUUACGAAAAGAUAUGACCUUCUUGGAAUCUGAUUGUGAUGAACAGCUGCUUAUUACUGUGGCAUUUAAUCAACCUGUUAAGCUUUAUUCAAUGAAAUUUCAAGGGCCAGAUAAUGGUCAGGGUCCUAAAUAUGUAAAAAUUUUUAUCAAUCUACCCCGGUCUAUGGAUUUUGAAGAAGCAGAAAGAAGUGAACCAACUCAAGCUCUGGAACUAACAGAGGAUGAUAUUAAAGAAGAUGGCAUUGUCCCACUUCGUUAUGUUAAGUUUCAGAAUGUUAACAGUGUAACUAUAUUUGUUCAGUCCAAUCAAGGUGAAGAAGAAACAACAAGAAUUUCAUAUUUUACUUUUAUUGGUACUCCAGUCCAGGCAACAAAUAUGAAUGACUUCAAACGAGUAAGUUUGUUUUAAAUGGUAUUUAGGGGAAGUAAAAAUACAAUUUUAAAGAAGUAAUUUCAUAAAGAUCAAAAUCGUAACCAUGUCAUGAAAUUUUAGGUUAACCUAAAAUUAACAGUGGGUUCUCCUAAUCACAUUUUUAGAUAUCCAACUAAAAGAUAAUUUCUAAUAAAAAUAAAUCCUGAUACAGAGUCUAUUAAUAAAUGGUAUCCAAAUAAGAUACCAGAUAAUGGUAGCCAAAUAAUGGUGUCUGUAAAUAAAUGAUAUCCAUUAAUAAUGGUAUCCAAAUGGUAUCCAAAUAAGUGAGCAUAGUAUAAAAUAUACAGAAGUGUUGAAUCACUGUGUUGUACACCUAAAACUAAUAUAACAUUGUAUGUCAACCAUACCUCAGUUAAAAAAAAAUCCUUAUCUAUAAUGAAAGUAUAGUAUACCUAUAAUAAAAGGAAAGUAUUUUAAACUAACUAAAUAAUUGUUUGGUUAUAGAAAGUAGUUAGGAAUGUCAAAAUAGGAGUAAGUUAAAAUCAUUAGUGAAUGUUUAAGAAUUUUGCUGAUACCAAGAUUCUGAUUAUUAUUGUUUCCGAUGAAAACAUUUAAAAUCACUUGAAUAGUUUUAAUCAAAAAGAAUGGGUUCAGUUUUACUACACUGAGAUGCCUUUAAAGCAUGUCUGUGUCCUGAAAGACCACUUGGCACAAGUAAAGAAAUUAUCAGUGAACAGGCAGAUUUCAUAUGUAUGUAUAUGUACAUUUUAAAAAAGAUUUUAUUUAUUUAUUUGACAGAGAGCGCACAAGUAGGCAGAGAGGCAAGCAAAGAGAGGGGGACACAGGAACCCCGCUAAGCAGAGAGCCUGAUGCGGGACUCGAUCCCAGGACCCUGAGACCAUGACCUGACCCGAAGGCAGAGGCUUAACCCACUGAGCCAUCCAGGCGCACCCGUAUAUGUACAUUUUUGUUUUGUUUUGUGGACACAGUCUUAAGGAUUGCGGGAGAUUAAGAUAUAUGAGACCCUUAGGACUGAGAACAUUUUGUCCAUUCAUGGAACAACUGCUACUUGGUCACAGUUCCUUAGGGAGACAUAAUGUAUUAACAACCACAGAUCACGGAAGUGCGUCCAGGAGCUUUCUCAGUACAGAACCUAGUUACGGGGCACAGAUUGAGUGUGCAGCAACAGGGUAGCUGUGGCCAUGUUUCUGUGGCUGCCUUUGACAGUCUAGAACGGGAGGUGAUGAUAAAGAGAUCAUUAUAUGGGAGAAAGUUUCCCUAGGGCUGCCAGUGCCUGGAGGAAGAGGCACCCAGCUGAACAAUUUAGACCCCUGUUUGGUGGGGAGGCGAAGCCAUGGAGCAUCCUGAAAACUCUUAUUCUUUUUGGUGGUUUCUACAGAUCUUAUUUUAAUUCAA